GUCUUUCGGAUGCACAAAUGUUCCAACCAACAUCGCAAAGCUGAAGGAUUUCUCUCAAGGAUCGAUUCCGUUGAUCAAAAGAAAGAAAUUUAUCUCGCAGUUUCUUGACCGUUGCUUUUGCUGUAAGCGAUUGAUUAACUCUUCGAUCAUUUUCAUGAUGGGGGAGUCGAUCGAUGUCUGGAGAGAAUUCUUCAGAACGACGGGCACCGAUGUCUUCGAGUUCAUCGACAAGGCGAUCACGAUCGCCGCACUCGAUUGGCCCGAAGAUUUUCCGUUACGAAGAGGCCGUAUCGCGGAGCGGCUGCUCUCACGAGAGACGACUCGGGAGGGAGGUGAUUGUGCAGCCUCGAGUAGAGAAAGCAAGGCAAACAGAGGCCAGGGUAAUGCUGCGAGCAAUGCGGUGAGCAUAGAAUACCGCCAUGGAGAAGCUGAGGCAUUCAGCGGUCAUAUCAAAGAUACCUCUCAAGUUGUUUGUGAAGUUCUGAGGAUCAAGCAGGUUUUGGACAAUAGCCGACAUGAGUCUGAUUCCGUGCUACUUGAAUCAUUGAGAAGACUUCGGUCCAUGACUAUCACUUUGGAUACAUUGAAGAAAACUAAGAUCGGAAUAAGCGUCAACAAUCUCCGAAGGAAUCGUGGAUCAAACCAGAUUGCGCAACUUGCCCACGACAUUACUAUGGGAUGGAAGGCUAUGGUCAAAGAGAUUUACCGUGGCACAGAGGAUGUUGCUGGUCCUUGCAACAUCAGAGACGGAACAACAUCUUCCGUCAAGAACCAGAAGAACAUCAGGAAACCAGGACAAGAACAAUACGACUUCAACCAGGCCGGUUCACUUGCUAACAGGAACCGGAGGCAAAAACUGAAGCGGCGCCAGUGCGUUGUGAAGCCCAAUACGUCCACAAACGCUAACUCAAGGACAAUCCCCCCAAGCGAGAUUGCGUCAUGGAAGUUUGAGAAGGAGAGAAUGCUUCAGUUGCAAAACUCAAAUGGAUCAGUCGCGGGGGGCAAAAGACCACUUGCGUGUCAACGGGACAAGAUCAAAUCCUCCAACAAAGUUGUAGCGGAGAUGAACCAUGAAGCCACCAGGAGGAAGAGGCGUCGGAUAGUACAGGUAUUGGAUCUAUGUGAUCACCCCAAGAUGGCAGCGAGUCGUAAGGCUCCGUGAGCAACAACUAGAAAAGCUCAUCGGCAGAGGGAGAUUUCGCAGAGCCUGGUUUCAUCCAUUUGAAGUCCAAAAUUCCAGAGCUGACAAUUUUGCACCGAGAGACCGAUGUUACUGGACUGGUGAUCGAGCAAGUGUUCUAUAGUUCUCUUCUUAGUUGAACACAAUUAAGACCACUGGGAGUUAAUCAUUAGAGUCGUAUUCUAGGAGGUGAUGAUGAUGUAUUUUCUACCAGAAAUUGUAUCUAGCAACCUGUAAUCAAAACCGUAAUUUCUGUGCAUUAAGAUGCAAGUUUGUUUUUA